CCUAUCGAACUAGUUCAGCUCUCAAACAACUAUACGACUCUUCGAGUCACACCGUACAGAUAUUUCACACACAUAUAUAGAUAGUUCUGGAAUUUCUAGUUUUAAUUACAAAAUAGUCACUAUAUAUAUUCAUAUUAAGUAAAGCAUUAAUAACAAAGCAGUCAAAUAUGUCGGACUGGGAUACGGUAACUGUUUUAAGGAAAAAGGCCCCAAAGUCUAGCCAACUGAAGACCGAAUCAGCUGUUAAUCAGGCACGCCGCCAAGGUGUUGCCGUUGAUACGCAGCAAAAAUAUGGUGCUGGCACCAACAAGCAGCAUGUGACUACUAAGAACACUGCCAAGCUGGAUCGUGAGACUGAAGAAUUGCGGCAUGACAAGAUACCGUUAGAUGUUGGCAAAAUAAUUCAACAAGGACGCCAAGGCAAGGGUAUGAGCCAAAAGGACUUGGCCACGAAAAUCUGCGAGAAACAGCAGGUGGUUACGGAUUAUGAAGCUGGUCGUGGCAUUCCCAACAAUUUGAUACUUGGCAAAAUGGAACGUGUGCUUGGCAUAAAAUUACGUGGCAAGGAGCGCGGCCAACCAAUAGCGCCUCCCGGUAAAAAGUGAGAUGAUGCUGCCGCGUCUACUAUACACGUUGCUUCCACUAUUAAUAACAACAAAAGCAGCAGCAGCAGCAGCAGCACCAACAGCAGCAGCAGCAGCAAAGUUCCAAGGCACCAACACCAAUUGGACUCUGGAGGCUGGAGCACUGUGUGCAGUCGACGCAAAUGAAGCAAAUAUCGGGAGGCUGUUUAUCAACAACAACAGCAGCAAAAGUAACACGAGGAGAGUGAACGAGUUAAGAAACCAAUAACAGCAACAACAACAACCAAUCCAAGCAAAGAAC